GGAGCACCAACGGCAUGCCCGACGACGGGGGAGAGGAGGAAGAGAGUAACGCGGCUACGCGACUCGUCCCGUCGUUCCUGUCAGCCAGCGGGACGUCCGAGAGCGCUACCGGAAAUAGCGUCACCAGGUAGCUGCCCGGCGAGGAUGCAGAGGCUGCGCACGACCUUCAAAAGGUCGCGUACUCCCACGGGAGCAGAGAUGAAGUCCCAGUCUAGCCUCGAGGUGCCGAAGCAGGUCCGGUCGGCCUCCUUCGACGAGAUACAGCUGCGGCAGGACGAUGGCCGGCCGGCCUCCUCCCCUUCGAGACAGGACUCGACGCGCGGCCGGAGAUCGUCCACCCUGAAAGUGCCGCAGACCGGCCAACGCUCCAAGAGCUUCGAUGCGUACUCCGCGAGUUCCGGCUCGUCCUCCGGCAGCCAGCUGCUUCCCGUCGGAUUCGACCGACCGGAAACGCCGACCAUCCAGGUCUCCGGCUGCUACCACUGUGCCUGCGUCGAGGAGUUCAAGAGGCUGGCGUCCAAGGACGAGGCCGGCGAGAUCGACAACAGCACGGAUAUAUCCGAGAACGAGUCGGACCACGAGGACGAGCCCAAACGAGAAGGUAGCCCGGAAAUUUUGGUCACCCUGACGUCCGACGACCUGGAGGACGUGCCGCGAUGCGUGCCCGAGGUCAGGAUGGAGUUCCCGGAGAGACAGCGCAGACUGUCCAGGCAGGAGGCCCUGACUUGCUUCCCCCUGGAGUUACCGCUCAGCGAUGAGAGGGCGAGGAUAUUCGUCGCCGAGACGGAGGAUGACGACGACGACGACGAGAACUACGUGGACGAGGCGUGCAAGUCCAAGUUCAUCGUGCGGGAUAUUUUCCUGACUGUGCCGGAACUGAAGAGGGAUCGCGCCGCCUCCGUGGACUCGUGCUUCAAUAACAAUAAGAACAGCAGCGGCGUCGCCGACCCGGACCUGCUGGCGGUGCCGCAGCAGAGCAUCAGGUCGAAGAGCGUCGACAUCGUGCUGCCGACGGACGUGCGGACGAGGUACACGGCCCUGCUGCCGGGGAAAGAACGGCGACCUUCGAUAGGAGGGAGAGAAGAAGGUGACACCAGCAGUGAUCAACGCCAGCCGCGGUCGACACCAGAUUGGGGUCCACAUGCGUGUAAUGAAGAACACCUUUGGGUACCAACCGCCACAUCCGGCGAUUUUUGUUAUGUCAACGAUUGUUCCAAACACGGACCCCGGCUGAAGUGUCCGGUUUGUCACAUAGUGACCCAUGCCUGCUGCAUCACAAGUUUGGAGUUUCCGUGCAAACCGAGCUUCCACGAUGUAAGCGUGCGCCAGUAUCGCGAGCAAACAACCACCCACCACCACUGGGUUCACCGGCGAUCCCAGAAGGGCAAAUGCGCCAAUUGCGGCAAAUCCUUUCAAUCGAAGCUCAGCUUCGGCUCCAAGGAGAUUGUCGCAGUGAACUGCAGUUGGUGCAAGACCGCUUAUCACAACAAAGAGGCGUGCUUCAACGUCGACAAGAUCGGCGAAGAUUGCGAAUUAGGCAGCUACGCGUCGAUCAUAGUACCACCUUCGUGGAUCGUAAAACUUCCUCGAAAGGGUACGUUCAAGAGCAGCCUGAAGAAAUCCCCGAGGAAGAAGAAAUCCAUCGACGGCUCCUCCGAGCGACGGAAAAGGAAAGACGGCGAGAAGGAGGAGGAGAAGGAAAAGGGUCAGGGGAUGCUGUGGAUCAUCAAGCCUAUACCUACGGCCACGGCGAAGCCGGUCCUCGUCUUCAUAAAUCCGAAAUCCGGCGGCAAUCAGGGUGCGAAGUUACUGCAGAAGUUUCAGUGGUUGCUUAAUCCGAGACAGGUCUUCGAUCUGACGCAGGGCGGCCCGAAAAUGGGACUGGACCUUUUCAAGAAAGUCCCGAAUUUACGCGUUUUGGCUUGUGGCGGCGACGGUACCGUCGGUUGGGUUCUGUCGAUCCUGGAUCAAAUCGGCGCAUAUCCAUCGCCAGCGGUCGGCGUUCUUCCUCUGGGCACGGGGAACGACCUGGCGAGAGCAUUAGGAUGGGGAGGCGGUUACACAGACGAGCCGAUCGGGAAGAUCCUGUCGAGUAUAGGUGACAGUGAGACCAUCUUAUUAGAUAGAUGGCAACUGGAAGUCGAGAGAAACAACAAUGCUCAGAACGAUGACGACGGCAACAAGGGCAAGGAUAACUUGCCGCUUAAUGUUGUUAACAAUUACUUCUCCCUCGGCGUGGACGCUCACAUCGCCUUGGAGUUUCACGAAGCCCGAGAGGCCCACCCGGAGAAAUUUAACUCCAGACUGAGGAACAAGAUGUUCUACGGUCAGAUGGGCGGCAAGGACUUAUUACGUAGAAAAUGGAAGGACCUCUCGGAGUUCGUCACGCUGGAGUGCGACGGCCAAGACAUGACGCCGAAAUUGAAGGAGCACCGAGUCCACGCGAUCGUCUUCUUGAAUAUCGCCUCUUACGGCGGCGGGACGCGUCCUUGGGGUGCGGGUAGCGGCACCAGGGAACCCGCCAUGGACGACGGCCUGAUCGAGGUGGUUGGUUUGACCACGUACCAGCUGCCUCUUUUGCAAGCGGGUGGACAUGGCACCUCCAUAGCGCAAUGCAGCAAGGCCAAGCUGGUGACAACGAGGACUAUACCGAUGCAGGUGGACGGCGAGGCUUGUCGCCUGCUGCCAGCUACCAUAACUUUAAGCCUGCUGAACAAGGCGACGAUGUUGGUCAAGAGGAGAAACACGGGGAAGCCGCGUCAGGACACAGCGAGAUUGGAGAGACUAAAGUUGCCCGUGAUGAAAAUAAAGAUGUCGGAUUACAAGACGUAUCAUCACGAUAAGGUCAGGUUGAAAGAUAUAGCGGAGCAGUUGCUGGCGGAACCGCUCGACCUUGACGCCACGACUGAUCUGGAGAUGCUGAGGAAGCUCUUGGCGAAAGAUUACAACAUGGAUUCUUGUUGCUUCGUCGAUUCGUGUACCGCGGAAAGAUUCUUCAGGAUCGAUCGCGCCCAGGAGCAGUUGCAUUACGUGACGGACGUCGCCGCGGAUGCUGUAUACGUUCUCGAGGAAGACGCUGGCCAACAAUGCGAGGGUCAAAUCAUCGCGGACCAGGAGCAGGAAGCAACUCAAACCAGCGACGAAGGAUCGAAGGUGAUGCCAGCCGUGACCGAGGAGGAGGAUCGGCCGAUCUCGGAUGGUACCAAAGGCUUCCAGGAACGUAGUCCCUCCCCGGAGCAACUCGGGAGCAGCCUGUCCGUGGAGGGAGGGAUCGCGGUCAAGCCGUCGACCACGACGAGUCGGAGGAACUCCUUCUUGCUGAUGAGCGGAGUGCCCAACAAGGAUAAGGACAUCGAACUCUCCUGCCCAACAAGGAUAAAGACAUCGGAUUCUCCUGUAAACGGCGAGCCCUGCAAGCGGGAUUCCCCGGAGAAUCAGGCCGAUCGACCCAUCACUUUCAUCAGUCCUCGCGACAGACUCUUCGGGCUGAGCUCGGGGGUUCAUCGGUUCAGCACCGGGCUGCUCGAGAAAACCUGCGACGGGAUACUGACAGCGGCGAAGAUCGGCGAUCUUCUCACGUUGAAGCAGCUUCACGAGCAGGGCUACUCGCUCUUGUCGAUCGACGCCAAUGGCCAAACGGCGCUCCACCUCGCGUCCAAGCACGGUCACAAAGAGAUCGUCAGGUAUCUCAUCGCCUGCGCCCCACCGACAAUCUUAAACAUGGUCGAUAAUGACAAAGGGCAAACUGCUUUGCACAAAGCGGCCCAGAACAAACGUCGUUCCAUUUGUUGCGUGCUCGUGGCGGGUGGCGCGGCAUUGAUGAUCAAAGAUCGGCUCGGUCGCACGCCGCGAGAUCUCGCGUUGAUCGCGGAAGACUGCGACUUGGCAGCGUAUCUGUACAGUCAGGAACAGUUUCAAUUGGUGACGGACGAGCACAUGGAGAGCAUUCUUUGACCGACAGCGUUGAUCGCCACGGCCUGAAUCGCCCCUGAAGCACGAGAGAAGAAGAACUCGAUCGAUCCGUUGUCAGUCUUUUCGCAGCAUUUUCUCCCGGCGACGUUACGUAAGUCCCUCGCCCGUGAUAAUCUAAUUAUUGUCGCUCGAUGUGUAUGUGUGCGCGCGCGCGUGUACACGUCGACGCAACUUACGUGUUUGCCAAACGCCUGUAAUCUUACUUUUACUCUCGGCUUUUUUUCUCGUCGAUUACUACGAAGUCUCUCUUUACGACGAGCGUAUAUACACACAUCCAAUCCUAUUGCAUAUAUAUAUAUAUAUAUAUAUUUAUAUUUAUAUAUAUAUAUAAUUACGGUGCGUGCUAGAGUUAUAUAUACAUAUAUACGAUAAUGGCGCACGUAGCGAUUUUUAAUCGAACAUAAUAAUAACAACAAGCCCUUAUUUUUCUCACUCACGUGAACUUGUCUGGCUCCAUACUUGCGUGUAUCCGGCAUGUAUAUGUGGACCACAAUCAGGAGCCGGGGAGCUCUUGAGAGAAUGCUCCUGAGGGGGGCGAAUUUAUUUUUCUCGCGCGACAUUUAAUGUCCGUGGUCCCAAAUGAGAUAGUUGAUUUUUUAUGUGUAUACACAUAUAUACAUAUACAUAUAUAUAUAUAUAUAUAUAUAUACAUGCCGCAAAUUUUUAAGAGAACGUUACGACGUCAGGCUAAAAGUGAAACAAGGACAAUGAUAAGAAAAAAGAAGACGAGUGUCACGGGCGCGAGACCAUUCAAAUAUUCUGUGCCAACUGGCUGAAGAGAGGACAUUAAUGAUGCCAAACGAGGAUUAACUAUCUCAUUUCGGAGCAUGUGCGGAAACUAUACACUUUUACGAUCUCUCCACUCGAGAUGGGUGCUACGAGCGCGUAUCGAUCGAUAAUCCGCUAAAUAGUUUUAAAAAUUGUGAGAGGAUAAUCUUAGAGGAAGAAAACGAUAAGGAAAACGAAGAUGAACAUUCUAUAAACGAUACCAAAAUGUAAAAAGGGAUCAACGUACGAACACCAAUUAGUAGUUAGAUGCGGUCUAUCGCGCUACUCUAUUGUACUGUUACUAUACUGUUACAAUUAUUUUUCUGUCGAGACGCGCGUUAUCUGUACAGGAUGUCCCAGAUCUGAGCUCGCAUAGCGUCACGUUUCAGCCGUUUAAGACGACGAAAAUCAGGGGAACGGGGCGUCAGCCACGUCGUUAGGCAAAGAUCUCGAGGAAUUUUGGCGAAUUAUUUAUUACGAAUUAUACACAAUGCUAUUUCUAGCGCGCGAUCUUCGAUUCUCGCCAAGGGAGAAAUCCGAUCUCGAAGGGUUUACCGAAGAAGAGUUUUUGUAGAUGCCGAAAUAUGACGCGAUGUUGGAACAUCCUGUACACACACAUACAUCAAGUCUAUAUACAUAUGUGUAGAAUUUUUGAAAAAAAAAACGCUCAUCUUGCUUGGACUUGCGUAUGUUCUAAGAGAGGACGCCGCUCAUAGGUCAAUACGAUCGUACACGCAACGAGUAAGUCUCCCCUUCAUGCGUCUUAAUCGAGCCCUUUUACUUAUUGAUACGAUGCGUCUGAUUCCCUGGAAUCUCGGUUCACGUUAAAUCGUACUUCGAACACACGUGUCAAAACACUCGGGCGAGUUGCCACCGUAUAUCUCCGUUCCUCUUCUCCGUUAUUCAAGAUUAUUAUGUGUAUACUGGCGCUCAAUAGUUUGACUACACUCUAUUUUCUGAAAGAGGUUUUCAAUUCUAUAAAUGUUCUUUCAUUGGUGGUAAGUGACACUGUGAAGUGACACUACUUAUUAUUAAAGAAGAAAAACAACACGGACGAAGAUUAGUCUCAAAAUCAAUAAUAAAUAUUCUCAUACAUAAGCAAGAAUACUACAAUCUUCUUAGAAGAGACUUUUAGUCCCGAUUGAGUUUGUACUGAUGCAAAUUACUUGCACUCAAUUCAAAAGACUAAAGAUCUUCUAAGAAUAUUAUAAUA